GUAGGAAGGUGCGGCCCAAGGACGAUCCAUUUUUAAGUAUUGUACCUGCGCCGUCCUGCUGACCUUUUCGUUCCCUUCCAUCUUGCUUCUUGCAUCUGCAGUGCGACGCUUCAUCAGACUAACAUCAGAAACUAAACUAUAUCAUGGCAGCUGUCAACGCCAAAGAGGCUCAAGCCUACCUCAUUGACCCUCUCAAUGCUCCGGAGCCAUCGCAAGAGACUGGACCGGGCACGCAUUUCUACCCUCCCGAUGCCCCGAAGGCCGCUUCGCCUACUGUUUCCUCGCCCUCAUCUUCAAAGAAUCCGUUCCGCGACUCCAAGAGCGGCGCUACGACACAUGUCCGUCACUCUAGCAGAAGCUCGACCGGCAGCACCUCCAAGUUUCCGGAUUUCCAGGAAGGUCCCUCGCACCGCCGCAACAUCAGUGGUGAACAUCGCCGCAAUGUCAGUGGUGACCAUCUCAUGGGCGAGUCAUCCGCCGGCCGCCGUAGAGGCAGCUCGCUUAACCAGCGCUACCCUGGAGACACUUCGAACCAGCCCUUGAACAUGCUCAGAAAGGAUAGCAAGAAGGCCUACCGUUCUCCCCAUCUCAACAAGCGUCACAUACCUGGUGCUGAUACUAUCGAUCGCCUUGAUCCUACUCCCAACAAGCUUCCCUACCACCACGAGGGUCCCUAUGAUGCUGCUCUGCUAGCCCGUAACACCAGCUACAAGUCCAGCCCCAUUGCCGCCCUGGAGGACUCUAACAGAGAAGCUCUCAAGGCCACACCUGCCGAGAACAUUAAGGAUGCUCUCGACAAACACAGACCUCUGGACGGUGUCGCUACCGUUCCUCCCGGUCAGCGUGACCAGCUUGGCCGUGUCUACCACUACGAAGAGGGAACCGACAUGAUGCGUGAGGCCAACCCUGAGGGCGGCGCUUAUAAGCAGUGGCCUGGAGAGGAAUAUCACCCAGAUGACCUCAAGGGCAAGGGCGAGCCUGCAUUCUCCCUUGAUCGCGCUCUCAAGGCUCACACUAUUCACGAACGCGACUUUGAUGGCCAGCGUGGAAUCGAGCUGUCGGAUCGUCCUCUUAUGAGCGAUUACGACAAGCAGAAGGACAGAAAGAAGCUCGACAACCGUGAUCCUGUCGAGAUUGCCGGUGACGACUCUCGCUACGCAGACCUUGUCAUGGCAGCCGACUCAGACGCACACACCCAGAUGAACCGCACAAGCAGCUUGCGUAAGGCAGGCGAGGGUCUUAAGAAGAGACUGAGCUUGAGAAGAAGACAUCAGGAGUAAAGCUCCGUGUGUCAUUGAUUUUCUUUUGUUUACUUUUCAUUACUUGUUUCACGAAGCGAUAGAUUGUACAUCACAGGUUUGAUCAUGGAUGGACGGAUGGGAUGGAAUGGAAAGUUCGGUUACGACCGAUCGGCCCUGGAUGGCCUUAAUAAAUUGUACGAUACGACAGGAAGCCAGAAUUUGUUUGAAUAUACCUAUUACAGACCUCG